AUGGGCUAAUUGCAUCAUAUUGAAAUUCAAGAGGAGAUUGAAAAUCUUUAAAUAAUGCAGAAUUUUUUUCGUGAUUAUUCGUUUUAGUAUUAUAUAUGUUAGAUUGAAUAUUAGAUAUUACCAGGUGGAGUCAAGAAGGCCCGAGGGCGAAGUAGAGAAGGGAUCGUCGAAUCGGGAAUCGAAAGGGAACGAGAAAGAGCGAUGGCGACGUCAAUGACGAGAUCGGGUCUCCGAGCGGCGGCGGCCGCCCUCCGUGGAGAGGCGAAGAGCGGCGCCCGCCCCGUUCUUCCUAAUAAGAGGAGCUUCUCUGCCUCUGCCCACCACGACGACGCCUAUGAGACCGCGAAAUGGGAGAAGAUUACAUACGCUGGAAUCGUUACCUGCACCAUUCUGUCCAUCCAUAACCUGUCCAAGGGGCAUCGCCACCCUCCCGAGCCACCGCCUUACCCAUAUCUGCGCAUCCGGAACAAGGAAUUCCCCUGGGGUCCUGAUGGCCUUUUUGAGAAGAAGAAGCAUUCUGAGCACUAGCAUAUGCCUUUGUUAAGAGACUUCUAUUUGUGUUCCAUGAUCUCUGCUGGUUGAUGAAGUGAAAUUCGAGCAGACACUUCAAAUCUAUCUUCAAGCUUUUCUUCCUUGAAAAUCUAAUAAGCUUGUUGAAUCUAAGUCCAGCAUUCACGAUACUGUAGUUUGACAUAGUUGUAUUAUGUAGAUCUCUCAGCAAAUGUGUAGCCUUUGGUUUGGUUGAGCUUUCUUCAACUUAAGUAUGCUUGUGCUCAGUUAUUACCGAGCAGAACCGCUGGAAUGAAGUGUGAUGCAAGUAAACUGGUUUUUUUGA